AUGAUCCGAAUUGGUACUGAAAAGGUGCGGACGGGCUGUAUCACUUGCAAGCGUCGACGUGUCAAAUGCGACGAAGGACGCCCUAGAUGCCAUAGAUGCACCAAGGCUGGCAGAUUAUGUGAAGGAUAUGCCAACAGUCCGAGAUCCGGGAGCGAGCCGGUCAAAUUCGUCGUCUACUCCCCCCACAACCAGAUCCCGACCGAACACCCAGAUCUUGAUUGGUUCGAGAGACGAGCCUUGGAAUUUUUUCAGGAUCGUACCGCUCUCGAACUUGCAGGUGCCUUUCAGACGGAUUUCUGGCUCGUGAAUAUCCUCCCGCUUGCAUUGCAGGAGAACUCGGUCAAACAUGCCCUGAUUGCUCUGACCAGCAUGCACGAACACUAUUCUGGUCUGGAUCACUACUCUCCCACUAGGGGCGUCGACUUCGCGUUAAGCCACUAUGGAAAAGCCAUGCGAGAGAUCGUCCGGAUCAACCAAUCACAGCUUGGCAAAUCUUUCGAUUACACCCUAGUUACAUGUUCCCUGUUCUCCGCCUUUGAAAGCCUCCAGGGCAAUUACCAUGCAGCUUGCAACCAUGCCAUCUCGGGCAUCAAGAUUCUGGCAGAGGAGCAACGCAACCUCGUCAGCACCGGGCCGGUGCGCGUGCCCCGAGACGUGCUGACUCGUUUCUUCGUCCAAAUGGCCCGGCAGAUCAUGGAGCUGGGAGAUCCAAACUUCCAGGGUCAAAGACCCAGACUGCAGCAGAAGACGACCCCCAUUCCCGACCACUUCAUAUCAUACGAAGAUGCCUUAGUCCACUUCGAGACCCUCCUGUCUGAUGUCUUUGAAUUUGCCGAUCAAUUCGACAACCUCAUCUCCGCAGGUCCUGUUCCCGACGACAUUUUGCAGCCGCUGAUGGCAGAUUUUUCCACCAUCAAGGCCAAUUUUGGAAAAUGGAGGGCUGUUUUCGACUCAACAUUAUCCCCAAAUUCCGAUCUUACGGAAACAUCUACUCCCGAAUCGACCACAUCUUCCUUGGAAGCCGGAGGAGGAGGGCCUGCCUCUUCUUCUUCGCGGCCGAGAAGUCCAGCAUUCCUCAUCCUGAAAAUCUAUCACGCACUCAUGGAAGCAUUUUUGAUGCGCGUCGAGCAAAAUGACGAAGCUGUGCUGGAUAGGUACGUCUCUGAUUUCUGGACCGCCAUCAAUGCGGCCGAGGAAUUCAUCCAGCAAACCUCCUCCUUCGUCAGCCCUGUUCCCAGUCCCUCGUACACCCCUCCCCCUAUCCUUCAAAGGACGGACCUCUCGUCUGCAACACCAGCGGAUCCGCCACCACGAGUCAUCCGCCCAACCUUUUCUCUCUCCCUAGGCAUCGUGCCGACACUAUUCCUCAUCGCCACGCGCACCACCGAUCUCGCCGUGCGCGAGAAAGCGCUGGGCCUGCUCAAAUCCUGCAAUCGCCGCGAAGGUUUCUGGGACGCAAAACUCGCAGCUAGGUUGGCCGAGCGUAUCUUCGAGCUCAAAGACCUCGGGAAUUUUAAGUACUGCGACAGCCUCGGCAACGUUGAGUUCAAAUUAUUGGACAUAAAUUUUUUGCCUGGCCGCAAGUGUAUUUUUCGGUAUAAGUUUGCGAAGAUGGGCGCGGCCGGGACGGAAUUGAAUCGGGAGUAUUGCGAGUCAUUGGAAUGGGAAGCUUAG